GCGGAGACGCGGCAUAAUUGACGACAAUGGCCGACCAGGCAAAUAGACCGCAUCGCGCGAAGAAAGAGAAGAAGAAGCCCGCCACUGGAGGAACGAAUCCCAAGGCAUUCGCUUUCGCCGCGCCGGGCAGGCUUCAGAAACAGGCAGCGCGCUCUCACGAUGUCAAAGAGAAACGACUGCAUGUUCCGCUGGUGGACCGUCUCCCGGAGGAAGCGCCACCGAUCAUUGUUGCCGUCGUGGGACCUCCGGGAGUCGGAAAGACUACGCUGAUAAAGUCCCUGAUUCGCCGUUACACGAAGCAAACAAUCUCCCAGCCUGCCGGUCCGCUUACGGUCGUUACCUCGAAGCGCCGCCGUCUCACAUUCAUAGAAUGUCCUGCCGACUCCCUCGCCUCGAUGAUUGAUAUUGCGAAAGUUGUGGACAUAGUGUUGCUCAUGAUUGACGGCAACUAUGGCUUCGAGAUGGAGACUAUGGAGUUCCUCAACGUCCUGAGCGCAACGGGUAUGCCGGGUAACGUCUUCGGCAUCCUGACGCAUCUGGAUCUGUUCAAGAAGCAGGAUGCGCUCAGGACACAAAAGAAAAGGCUGAAACACCGGUUUUGGAGCGAGCUGUACCAAGGAGCGAAGCUUUUCUACCUUUCAGGUGUGGUCAAUGGACGUUACCCCGAUCGCGAAGUUCUGAACUUGUCGAGGUUCCUUUCCGUCAUGAAGAAUCCGCGUCCGCUCGUAUGGCGAAACUCGCAUCCUUACUGUAUGGCGGAUCGCUUCUUGGAUAUUACGCCACCCACGGAAAUCGAAGAAAACCCCAAAUGCGACAGGACAGUGGCUCUGUAUGGAUACCUACGAGGCACGAACUUUCCGGCACAAGGCGCAAGGGUGCACGUUCCUGGUGUAGGAGAUCUCAACGUCUCCAUGAUCGAGGCGCUGCCGGAUCCCUGCCCUACUCCGUUCCAGGACCAAGCUAUAGCAAAAGCAACUGGCAAGUCUGGACGGAGAAGGCUGGGAGAAAAGCAAAAGCUGCUGUUUGCGCCCAUGUCGGACGUCGGUGGUGUCUUGGUCGACAAGGACGCUGUGUACAUUGAUGUGAAAUCGUCAACAUUCGACCCAGACAAUGAUUACGAGACGCGAGGAUUGGGUGAACAGUUGGUCGUCGGCCUGCAAGGAGAGAGGCGCAUGCUUGGCGAAGCUGAUGCUGGCCUGAAGCUUUUUAGCAAUGGCCGCGAACUCGACAAGACGGCUGAUGAGGAGGACACUGAAGAUAAAGGCAGGACCUCUCAACGUCAUGCUCGUUUUACGGAUCGCGUCGAAGAGGAAGACGACGAAGACUUUGACGAAGAUGAUGAGGAAGACGAGGAGAUGUUGGAAGAUGGGGAAGGGGAAGAUGAGGACAACAACGGUUACCUCGAAGAUUCAAGUGCGCCAAAGGGUCGGUUAGGCCGUGCUUUCCGUAAGGACGAAGAGGCGGAGGCGAACGGGGAUGACGACGUGGCCUUUGCCGACAGUGAUUCCGAUUUGGGUUCGAUAUCAUCAGUUGAAGACCAAGAGCUCGAAGACGGUGAGGAUGAGGACGAGGAUGAGGACGAGGAGGAGGAUUACUCAGACGAAGAUGGUGAGGUGCGGUGGAAAGACAACCUUGCUAACAACGCAAAGAGGGUUCAUGGCCACAAGACACCGUAUCGCACAGCGGAGCUCGCCCGAUUGAUGUACAACGACUCAAUGACGCCAUCUGAGGUCUUGAGGAAAUGGCGUGGAGAGGACCAGGACGCUGAGCAAGACGAGGCUGGUUCCGACGACGAAGAUUUCUUCAAGAAGACCUCAAAGAACGUCUCCGAGGACCAGGAGGACCGUGCCAUUCCCAAGUACGACUACACCGAACUCGAAGAGAAGUGGACGGAUGAGGACAACUUGGAAGCCCUUCGCAGGAGAUUCGCCUCGGCAAACCUUCUUGGUGAGAAAGAUGGUGAUGAUGAGGGAUCCGAAGGAGAGUUUGAGGGCAUCGACGACGAAGAUGACGAGGGCGAUGGUGCGUUCGAAGAUCUCGAAACAGGCGAAAAGAUCGGAGGAUCCGCACCAGCUCCGGAAGAGGAUAAGGAUGAUGAAGCUGCCAAGCUUGAAGCGGAGCGUGCGAAGAACGCCCGUAAGAAGGAAGAACUGAAACUUCGUUUCGAGGAAGAAGACCGGGAGGGAUUUGGCAACGACAAGGCAAACGAGCGGAAAGAGGGUGGCGAUGACGAAGAGUUCGGCGAGGAUGACUGGUACGAUGCCCAAAAGGCCAAGAUUCAGAAGCAGUUGGACAUCAAUCGCGCGGAAUUCGAGCAGAUGGAUGACAUCUCCCGCGUACGGGUCGAAGGCCACAAAGCCGGCACAUAUGCUCGUAUUGUUCUGGAGAACGUGCCUUACGAGUUCUGCGCUGGGUUUAACCCUCGAUUCCCCAUCAUCAUAGGUGGGCUUACGCCUACUGAGGAUCGAUUUGGUUUCGUUCAGAUCCGUAUCAAGAGACACCGCUGGCACAAGAAGAUCCUUAAGACCAACGAUCCUCUCAUCUUCUCGCUGGGCUGGCGAAGAUUCCAAACGAUGCCGGUCUACAGCAUCUCGGAUUCACGUACGCGCAACCGUAUGCUCAAGUACACGCCCGAGCACAUGCACUGCUUUGGCACUUUCUACGGUCCACUGAUCGCCCCCAAUACUGGUUUCUGUUGCGUACAGUCCCUCUCAAACAAGACUCCCGGUUUCAGAAUUGCUGCUACUGGUGUCGUUCUGAACGUCGAUGAGAGCACUGAAAUUGUCAAGAAACUCAAGCUCACCGGUCACCCAUACAAGAUCUUCAAGAACACUGCCUUCAUAAAGGACAUGUUUAGCACUUCCCUGGAGAUUGCCAAGUUUGAAGGAGCCAGCAUCCGGACUGUAUCUGGCAUUCGUGGUCAGAUCAAGAAGGCGCUUAGCAAGCCAGAGGGCCACUUCCGUGCCACCUUCGAAGACAAAAUCCUUAUGAGCGAUAUCGUCUUCCUACGAGCGUGGUACCCGGUGAAGCCUCACAGAUUCUACAACCCGGUCACCAACUUGCUUGAAGCACCAGGCAAGGGCGAAGAGGGCGAAGACAGCAAGUGGAAGGGUAUGCGCUUGACUGGCGAAGUACGGCGAGACAUGAGCAUUCCUACGCCGAAGGACAAGAACUCGGCCUACCGAACCAUUGAGCGCCAAACGCGUCAUUUCAACCCGCUACGCGUCCCGAAGAAGCUGGCUGCCGACCUGCCGUUCAACUCGCAGCCUGUGCAGAUGAAGCCGCAGAAGAAGGAAACCUACCUCCAGAAGCGCGCGGUCGUGGCGAACAAGGACGAGAAGAUGGCGCGCAACUUGAUGCAGCAAGUCAUGACGCUGCGCAACGAAAAGGUGGCCAAGCGCAGGGAGGCGCAAGAGAAACGCAGAGAGCCGCACCGCAAGAAGGUGGCCGAGGAAGAGGCGAUAAAGGCGGAGAAGCAGAAGCGACAGAAGGCCGAGUACUGGGCCAAGGAGGGCAAGAAGCGGAAGGCGGCGGAGGCGGGGGCUGGCGGGGGCAGCGCGAAGCGGAGGAGGUGAGCGGUCACUUUUUUCCGGGGCUUGCACGAACAGCUGGUCAUAGUGUCUUUGUUCUGGGGGGCGGCUAGGUGCAUCUCGAUGUUGACAGGCAUUUCCCGGCGUUGAUCGUGUGUGCGACAUUGGCCGCACCUACUAUCCAUUUUAUUUCGCAUUUGUAGUUAGAGAGUUUUGUCCCACUGGCCGGCGUUCACGUUGAUUGUCAUUAUUUAUCAUUUUUUAUUUUUUACAUAUCGAACGAUAAGGUUCGCCCCAGGC